CUGCCAAAUGAGCAGGAAAUCCGCCUCGAGGAGAGAGCGCGAGGCGGUGGCAGCGCGGAGAUGGCAGCAGGGCAGCCGGCUCGUUUUACGGGAGACACGUUUCUCCUCGCGCGGUCAGUGACGUCAGGCAGCGCUGAGAAACGACUGGAGUGGACGGGUUGUGUGUUCGGCACGCGCGAAGUUUUUCCUCCUGGUGAAGAGGCUCCUGACCCAGAUGCCACACCCCUAUUGGACCUCAGGCUGGUUCUUCUGGGAUGGAGAUGGCCUGGAAAGAGCCUGACGGGCAACACCAUCUUGGGCCGGGAGGAGUUCCAUCUGGAGCGGGCAGCCGAGUUCUGCGUCAAGCGGGAGACAGAGGUGGCCGGGCGCCGUGUGACGGUGGUGGACACUCCAGGUUGGUUCUCCUCCCAAGUCACUCCGGUAGCCUACCAACAGGAGAUGGUGCGUGCCCCUUCAAUGUGCUCACCAGGGCCUCAUGCCUUCCUCCUCGUGAUCCCCGUGGGCAUGUUCACCGAGUCGGACCGGAUCCGCACUGAAGAGAACCUGGCGGUGUUUGGAGAUCGUGUCUGGCACCACACCAUUGUGGUAUUCACCUUGGCCCCGGGGCAGCGGGACAUACCCAUCGAGCGCCACAUCCGCCGUGAGGGCCGUGAUCUGCAGCGGGUGGUGGAGCGCUGUCAAAACCGCUACUAUGUCAUCAACAACCACAUCUUCGGGGAGCAUCCCCAGCUGCCCCGCCUCAUGGAGAAGGUUGAGCAGAUGGUGGCUGAGGAGGGUGGCAUCUACGAGGUCUUGGACAAUGCUGAAAUUGUGAAAAAUGGGAAGCCACCCAGCAUCCCCCUGGAGCAGCGAGACUUGGGGGCCAGACCUAAGCAGCACUGCAGUGCGCUGCCGAUGAAAACCAUGGAGCUGGAUAAUUCACAGAUGACAAGUAAUGGAGAAGAAUGCCCAGCCGGCACUAACUAGUAGCAUCACUCUGAGCAAGAGAGAGCCUUCCUCCACCAGUGCCCUCAACCUGAUGGUGCGACCAUCGGAGAAGCCCGGCUUCCAGACAUUACCAAAAAGGGGCCGUUAACCAGUACCUGGGCUACAGCAGUUAUAACAGUGGUCCUAAUGCUCUGUUUUAUUUAUUUCCCUGUUUCGCCUUUAAUUUCUAGCAUGGUUUUUAGAGAAGGAAACUCUAGUAUGUUUGUUCUUAACCAGUUAUGUAGCUGUGAUCUACGUACGAGCGCUGGCUUCAAAGCAAUUGGAUAACCGUUUAAUGAAACGGUGCGCCGAUUUGGACAAAAAAAAACGACCUGGACCAGAAUUUAAAUGGCCAGCCUUGUCAACCAGGAGCAGUGGCACAGAGACUGGUAUUUUUUUGUUUGAAGCUACAGAUUUAGCACUAAGUGUUAAGAGGCCUAAACAUAAAAGCUUGUUAGAGCAUCAGGUUGUUGACCAAGCCUCUCUGGUCAUGUGAAGGACUAUGAUACCAGCCAUCUGCUCAAAGUGGCUGGAGAGGCAUUGGGUCGUUUUACUGCUAAUUACUUAAUCACCCAAUAAUUGAAUGCUAAAAUUGAAAGAAGUAGAACGGCAAAGUUAAUGGAUUGUUGUGGGUGGGAUUCAGGUUCCAUUUGGGUGUCACUGAGCCUGUGGAAUCAGGUCUACAAACACAAGCUCUGUGUGUGUAACUAGAAUCGGGUUUGAGUUCCAGCCUUUAUCUCAGUGGUUUUCAAAGCUGCUUUGUGUGUGUGUGUGUGUGUGUGUGUGUGGGGACACAUAAUGUGUAGGAGGGAGUGUAGAGUUUGUCUGCCCAAGUACUUAAGAACCUAACAAACCUUCCUUAUUCUUCUUCCCUUUCUGCACAGUAACUUCCCCAAAAGGGGGCACUCUACACCCACAGUGUACGCUAGGGUCCUUUAAUGGGGGUAGUAAACCCGAAAUGUGAAGAUGAGCCAUGUUUUUGUGGAGCAGAGCACUCUGAAAACGCAGGGAAAGGUCUGGGAUUAGGUUAGUAAUGUAUCAAAGAUCUCAGAGUCACACCAACAGUUGUUAUUUGGCAUGGUUCUGUGACAUCUGGGAUAGUCUUGCAUGACUUUGAAUUUAUUAUUCAUCACAAUGUAUUAUGUUUUAUUUUUAGCUUGUUUCCUGGGAUUAAACAUUUUUGAGUAUGAAGAUGUAAUUGAUUUUAAAGGUAAAGGUCGCUAACACGGUCAUUAGAACAAUGACGGUGAUUAAUGAGAUGCGGUAUUGAAUGAAGUGAGUGGUUGAGCCGUUGUGCUGCUGCUCUUUGUUGAUUUGCUGCGUUUUCUUUCAAUGUUUAUAUACUGUUACAUUCAUUCUGUAUAACUAUUUCUGGGCGUGUUUUUUGGUGUAGUGGCAGGUUACUCAGAGAAACACUGUUUUCCCCUCUGAAUGUUGGUACUGCCAAGGAGGUUGUAUUUCUACACCGCACUUCUUCAUUUAUCUAACACUCCCCUCCCUUCUAAGACAGAGGGAGCGCUUUUACGGUGCUUAAUAAUUGAACUGUUGUAACAGAAACUCCCAGGGGAAGCUCUGCCUGCCGACUCGUCAUUUCAUUUGGCUGUGCUCACACCUUGCUCCCCUGCUGUGCGGCUGUUAGCUUCCUCCCCUGUGCUGCUUCAGCAGGAGUCAUAGAAAAGCACAGGCAAUCAAAGCAAAUAUUUUCCCAAAAGUUUCUGGACAUGUCAAAUAAUGGCAGAAUGAAGUGUGUUAUGCCUUUUAAUGUAUGUCUGCAUCCUGUUCCAGUGUGCAGGUAGGUGUAUUGUUUCACUGGAGUGGAAGCCCUUCUUAGAAUAUUUCAUGUAAGACGUGGCCCUUUUCCCAACUAAGUCCAGAAGUGUUUUUUUCUUAUUUUAUUUUAAAUAGCGUCGUCAUGUUGGGAUUGUGUGGAGAUGAUCUUCAGUUUUGUUGUCAUGUUGUCUAUUUGUGGUUUUGUGUUUUUAUUUCCUAAUGCUUGUAAAGUAUUUGUUUUGAUUUUCUGACCAUCUUUAGAAUGUAAAAGGUUUAUCAUUCCAAGACUUAAAAAUAAUAUAUUCUGGAUGGGGCACCAUGUAAUGGAAGCACCUGUUCUGUAGGGUCAGGUGAGGUUAUGGAGUUUAUUGGAGGAGGUGUGUGAUUAAAAGAGAAAUUUUAUAAUUGCUGUUUUUUGUUUUUAUGUGUUGGGGUACAGUAGACAGGAGCAUUGUCCACUGUGCCAGAGAAAAAUGAAGGAUUUGAGAAGGAUGCCAUUUUUAAAAGGGUGUGAAAAGAGCUUCAUAGUGCAUGCUGUUUAACGGUUGAGCGCUCAGAGAUGAGGUCACAUAUUCACCCCCCUGCUCCUUCAGCCGUCACAUAAAGGACAAAACUCUGCUUUCUUGUGAAAAA